UUGUCACGCAACCUGGAAGCUAUAAGUGUUGGGAUUUAGAGUGGCAAAUAUCAGUGGGUUUGCAGGUCCUGCACGGGAAUGUUCCAAGCAAUGGACUUAUGAGAAACUUUUUGUUUCUUACUGAGGAUUUCCUGAUAACGAGUCAAAAUGGUUAA